AUGGCGAGACUGAAGUCAAAAGUCGGUGACUCGUCACACCAAGGUGAAGAAAACUUGUACACUUUCCUGACGCCACUUUACUACUUGGGCAAGGCGGCCGGUCUUUGGCCGCAAACAUUAAAACGGUCUUCACCCGGUUUUACAAUUUGGAGUGUCCUCUAUCAGACGUUGGUGUACGCCUUUAUUAGUUACUGCAUCUAUGUAAACAGCGAUGUUGUUCUUUGGAGCCAGUACAUGAAAGCUAUUAAUUCCAACAUCUUGCAAUAUGGCCUGCAAAUUCAUGCUAUUAAUGGUUUAGCGAUGGCAAUCAUUAUGAGCGUUGUCAACUUAGUUCAGUAUAGAAGAAAGUGGAGUUUUCUGGAAAUGCUAACGGAUUCCAGUGAUAUAUUUAUUAACGAAUUUUUCGUUGUAAUACCGUACAAAGCUAUCAAAACGUUAAUUUACUGGGUAAUUGUUUUCCAGCACAUAAUUCUGUGCUUUGUUAUUUUGAGUUACUUCUACUUGUUGACGUACAAAUUGAAAAUUGUGACAAAAUUACUUUACAUUUCAUACUACAUAAUCAAUACAACUUCAAUGGUUUUUACGUUAGAUUACGUUACUUUUGUCCUCUCGAUUCAAAGUCGGAUGGUUAUGGUAAAUCGAUUAUUGAAGCAGCUACUAUUUGAUAAAAACGAUGAACAGUUUUCCGAAUCUGAUGUGAGUACGCCAACAAUUUUGUACGAUGAAAUAUUCAGCAUCUAUGGAAGCGCAUCGAAGGAUCCAAAUAAACCCGGUACCAAGAAGAAAACAGAUCGUACUAAACCAGCACCAGCUAGUAAAGCAUCGAGCUUUAAACAGUAUGUUUUGAACACUCUCAAAUACCAUGAUAACACGUUUGUAAAGCGUCCAGCAAUAGACCAGUAUUCAACACCGUCGGAGAUGAUCCACUUCAUCGAUAGAUUGUCGUACGUGCAUUACAAAGUCGGAGAAAGUGUUGUUCAAUUGAACAGAAUUUAUUCGCUACAAUUGAUGCUUUACUUUUGCGCAAUGUUCUUGUUUCUGGUUUUUGGAUUGUUUACUCUGUACAAGGCCUUCAAUUCAGGCUCAUUUUCUUUCAGACUAUUGGCUGUGGCAAACGGGUUUUGGAUUGUAUACUACUUAAUUACCAUGAUUUUCAUUAUUAACGUUACUUCUAGCACCGUUGAAACUAGUUAUGCUUCGGGUGAUACCGUGCAUCAAAUCAUACGAAACUCGCAGAACACAUUGGGCAACGAUGUAGUUGAGAAGCUUUCUACCUUCGCAUUGCAACUUAAAAUGCGCCGCAUUGCAUUCUCUUGUGGACUAUUUCAUUUUGAUUGGCCGCUGUUCGCUUCGAUACUAGCAGCCAUUGCUAUGUACUUGGUGUUCUUGAUUCAGUUUGAUGUUUCACCAGUGCAGACCGCUGUCGCAAAAGAGGUGCAAACCUAGAGGGCGAGAUGAGUGCCAUGGAAAUUAUUUACCAAAAGGUUUGAGAAAAAUAUAUUAGCUUUUAAGUUUGAAAAAAUAUUGUAU